CCUGCAGCUGGCGCUGGGUCCGAUGCGGUCCUGGAGGCUGGGGGAGGGGGUCGGAUGCGAGGCGGCCGCCCGGCCGGCAGAGCGGUUUGCUGGUAGCUAGAGCCGACCGCCUCUGUCUCCCUCCCUCCCUCCCUGACCGGGUUGUCCCCUCCCACGGCACCGCUGCCUCCAGACCCCGACUCCCCGGCAUCCAUGCUUCGGCGCCUUUGACGGCAGCGGGGCCAGGCCGGCCCCUCCCGAGAGUCCCGACCAUGACAGGGGAGGACGCUUCUAACACCCUGGGUCUGAUCAUCGGCGUGGGCCUGUCCCUCCUGCUGGUCGCUGCUCUCGGCUACACCCUCGCCAAGUGGUAUCAACGAGGCUACUGUUGGGACGGGCCCAACUUCGUCUUUAACUUGUACCAAAUCCGUCACCUGAAGUCUGUGGAAUUGGAGAUGGCUCCUCCCUUCACUGUCAGUGGCCAUCUCAGCCCCUCGGAGGGUGGGUACACCCGUUUCUAUGAUCGGACAGUCUGAGCAGGGAAUCGGGGAGCCCAAAAAAGGAAUGGUUGGCUUCUGGCCCCAAGAAGAGGACGAUGGAGCCGUUGGGACACACGGGACUGGGGAAGCCGUUUGGUCAGCCUGGACCCAGAAGGAGCUGGUGCUGGGGGUGGGCUGAGUUUUCAUUCAUGUUCCCUCAGUCCUUGGGGGCUGGGCUAGCCUGUGAGAUUAUUUAGGGGUCUCUGCUCACAGCCCAGAGGGCAGCUGACCCUGUCCUUUCCUGGUCUCAGGCCUCUGAUGGGCACAGGAAGGGAAGCUGGGCUGCUCUCAGCCCUGGAGAAAGGAGGGGUCCCUGCUCAGCAAUGGGGACCUCAACCCCUACUUUUCACUCUCCAGGGCUGCUCUCUCCCCACUUGUCAGCUUUGCAGGCCUAACCACUAAACUUUCCAAAUUCCCCCAGCUUUCUCCACGGUUAUUCUGGGGUCUGGCCCUGGAGGCUCCUGGAGGUCUUGGUGCCUGGAAGGACGCCUGGGGUACGCAGUCUCCUGAGUGGGGCCAGACUCUCCUCUGCCCUCCCCCACCACACCGUAAUGCACCAAACCUGCUGGCCUUGACUGCUCUUAGGAGAAAGAACUGGGCAGGCACAUCUGCUGAGGCUGGGGGCAUCUGGGGAUUUUCCCUCAGUCACUCCGGGGAGGAAGCGAGAGCAGGGCUGCUUCCUUUCUCCAGCCCUCUGGUCCCUGGAGGAGGAGGCUCAGCUCCAGUCCAGACUGCCCCUCCCCAACCCUGGCCUUCUCCCUGCCUGACCCUAAAGCAUUACUAUUCUCCUGUACAUCAGGGCAAGGACAAGAGCAGAGGUAGGCAUAGGGGUACAGAUAGAGAGAGGGACCAGGGCAGAGAUGGAGGAAGGGGCAAAUAGGGGCAGGGGCAGGGUGCCUGGGUCAGGGGCAUGGAUAGGGCAGGGGCAUGGGCAGUGUCAGGGGCAUCAAGCUCAUUCACUUCCCUCACUCUCCCUCCACACCAGCCAAUGCCACCCCUGCCCUGCAGCCCUCACAGUCCCCAGGUGAGCAUGACUUCCCAGAAGUAAGAGAAGGAUCCCAGAGCCCGAGGUGAUGCUGGCAGGAGAAGGUGACCUCUGGGGGUGGGGCAGAGGGGCGAGGAGGGGAAGGGGUGGGCACUCCCUGCCCUUUCCAGCCCUAACUCCGGAGCCUGAAGGGAGGAACAUCUGGGGUUUCUUCCUGGAACCGCUGGGUCACAUUCUAAUCAGGAAAAGCCUCCACAAAGAACAGGAGAUUUCUCAUUCUGGAAGAGAGUCUUUGAGUUCCUGGAAUCCAGACCUAGCCCCUUCCCUCCCCAAAGCACCCCACCAAAGCCCCAGUCCUUUCCACCCUGUCUAGGCAUUUUUUCCAUCCUGGCUCAGGGCCGGGAAAGCGGGGAUUUGGGAGCCGGGGCACCUGGGUCCUUGGUGGGGAGGGAAUUUCUCUCCUGCCAUCUUGGCCUGGGGGGUCUGUGCCCUUCCCAUACUGCAGGCAUGGUGGGGGAUGGGGAUGUGUGUGGGGGCAUGUUGGCGGUUCCUCCCAAACAGCUGUCAAGCACAGGCACAGCGCUUGGAGAUCAAAGGCGAGCAAGAAGUGUUGAUUUUCGAAUUUGGUUCAAAACAGGAAGCGGGAGGCUGCUGUAUUUUCAUACUUUGGUGCCAGAAGUGAGAAGUUUCCGUCCCUCCCCACCCCCCACUCCCCAACAGCAGCCCAGCAUCUGGAGCCAGCCAUGCAGGGGGGAUUCUGAGCCCCCCGAUCGCCCCCCACAGCUGGCAGCUGCAGGCAGAGAGCACCUUCACAACUGCUGUUUCCUUCCCCACUCCUCCAAAUAAGAGGUUUCUGCAGAGAGAGAGGAAGAGAGAGAGAUGUCGGGGCAGAAAGUUUCAAGGUGCUGCAGCUCCUCUGCAGAAUGAGCUUAAGGCUGAGAGGAUGGAGGACAGGGGAGGGGAGAAGUCUCUCUCUGUUCACAGGGCAGUGGAUAGGGAAAGGAGGCAUUCUGGGCCCAGCAGGUUUGGGGCCGGACUGUCUGGACCAGCCUGGGACUACCCAAUCCAGUGAGGGUGACAGGACAGAGACAGGGCAGAGUUAAAGGGCUUCCCGUCACUGGGCAAGAAUUGUCUCUAUCUGUUGCCGAAUUGUACAUUCCAAGCGCUUAGUACAGUGCUCUGCACAUAGUAAGCACUCAAUAAAUACUAUUGAAUAAUGCAACCUUGCAGGCAGGUUUUGAAGCUAGCAGCCUGAAACAUGACUCCAGCCCAUCCCAUACUUCUAGCCAGGAUGCAUACGUUGACUGGGAACAGCAGCCACCACCUGACCUGUUUGUAGUCCUUCCCUCCAGUGAUGGUAACUACAGCUGGUUUUCUCUUUGGACCCCGUGCCUGGGAGAGUUGCUUGAGUCAACAGUGUCCUAUAAAUAGAUGAUAAUUUUCUCUCUUUUUA